AUGUACAUACAAGAUGAACUGAUGAGCGUCGGAAGUCAAGCGGGCGCCAAGACCAACGGCGGACCCAUCCGCUUAGCAACCCCAGCCGUCCAUCUCUCCCCUCAGACAACGUCACAACAGCUGGCGACCUGGCAGGCAGUCAUCGACCACCACCUCCAGUCGUUAUCCGACAUAUACCGGCGACUGCCUUUUUCUUCUGGCAUCGAAAAAGUUGCUGCGACCGCGCCAUCGCAUCGGAUACGAUCAAUCGGUGAGACAGCGCGUCAAUCCGAGGGGACAGCCGUCACAAUGGGCUUCGCUGGAGUCUACACUGCGGUCUACGACUACCAGCCGCAGGCCGAAGGCGAGCUGGAAAUCCAUGAAAACGACCUCCUCUAUGUUCUCGACAAGGACGACGAUGACUGGUGGAAGGCCAAAAAGAAGGCUGCUGAUCCGGAGGACGAGGAACCAGUGGGACUGGUGCCGAAUAACUACGUUCAAGAGGCACAACCCACCCACAAAGCCAAAGCGCUCUACGAUUAUACACGGCAAACAGACGAAGAAGUAUCCUUUUCUGAAGACGCCGAAUUAUCCGUAUAUGAUACUACCGACCCAGACUGGACGCUAGUUGGUUCUGGAACAGAUUUCGGGUUUGCCCCAGCAAAUUAUAUUCAACUACUUUCCGAGAUUGCGCCGUCGCAAACAGCCGUAGCUCAUGAUGAGGCCGAACCGGAGCCUGAAUCAUAUACGAGCCCCGAACCCGAACCGUCUCCGCCGCCAUCGCUUCCUCAACGACCUAUACAUACCGAACCGGAGGAGUAUCCAUCGGCCGAGUCUAGCCCGGCUAUACCGGACUCGAGCCCUGCAACGGCAAUUGCUAGCAUACUUCACAGACAACAUGGAUCUAUGUCGUCUCACGAUACUUCGCGCGCCAUUCCUCCAGCACCGCAAGCGUUUGCGUCUCCCGAAGAAGAAGAGGAGGAACCCGCGCCCAGCCUUCCGACACGACCAAUAUCACAGCCAACUCCUCCUCGAGAAGUGCGACGAUAUGAAGAGGAGCCGGCCUCACCACCUCAACCUCCUCGCCCACAACACCUGCAAGUCAAUUUGGCUCGGGAUGACGAUGCACGGGUCCAAGAAUCACCGCCAUACAGUCGCGUUGGAUAUUCGGCACCGUCGCCACAUUCGCCUUCUGGGUAUCGUCUGUACAAUAUCAACGAAAUGAUCUCGGUACUGGGCAAGCGAAAGAAGAUGCCGACGACGUUGGGUCUCAAUGUGCCGAAAGGUACAAUAUUUAUAUCAGCCGAUAGCUCUGAGGAUGACACCCAGCAGGAAUGGACUGCAGAUAAGCUCACGCACUAUUCGAUUGAAGGAAAACACGUCUUUAUGGAGCUUGUCAAGCCGAGUAAAAGUGUCGACUUUCAUGCCGGUUCUAAAGACACCGCGCACGAAAUAGUGGCAGCAUUGGGCGAGAUUGCUGGUGCGUACAGGGCUGAAGGUCUGCGAGAGGUACUUGAAGCUGGACAAGGCGGUAGUGGAAUUCAGAAGAAGGGACAGAUGCUUUACGACUUUAUGGCUCAGGGUGACGACGAGGUGACUGUCGCUAAUGGAGAUGAGGUGGUGAUUCUGGACGACAGCAAAUCCGAUGAGUGGUGGAUGGUUAGGCGUAUCAAGAAUGGCCGGGAAGGUGUAGUUCCUAGCAGCUAUGUGGAAAUUACCGGUCUCGUUGAAGCGUCAACCCCGGCUCCAUCUGCUAGCAAAUCCGCAGCAGUCGAUAAGAACAGACACGAGGAAGAACGUCUAGCCAAAGAAGCUUCAAGAAAAUCACGGGUUGAAUUUACGGACAGCCCACGAUCUGAGGUAGGUCCAGGAAUGACCCUUCCUAAAAGGCAUAGCAGUCUUUUCGCAACGGACCUUGGUAACAAAGAGUUGCAGCGUCAUAAACGGGAAAAAUCUGAUAAGGCAUCAAAACAAAAACCAGAUGCUUCGAAGACCAGAAACUGGACAGAUAGAUCGGGAACAUUCAGUGUUGAAGCCCAGUUCCUCGGCCUUCACGAUGGCAAGAUUCAUCUUCACAAGAUGAAUGGCAUCAAAAUUGCUGUUCCAACGGCUAAGAUGUCUGUCGAAGAUUUGGAAUAUGUUGAGAAAGUUACUGGUGAAUCCUUGGAUGAAGACAAGCCUCUUUCUGAUAUUCGACGUCGCAGCAUGCAGGCAAAGAAGGAAGAAAAGGAGAAAGCCGAAAAAGAGAAGGAUAAGAACGGCGUCCAUGUCCCAGAAUAUGACUGGUUUGACUUUUUCCUCAAAGCUGGCGUCGGUCCACAUCAAUGUGAACGCUACGCACAGAAUUUUUCAAAAGAUUCAAUGGACGAAGCUAUUCUGCCCGAUAUUACUCCCGAGACUCUUCGUACUUUGGGCUUAAAGGAAGGCGAUAUCCUCCGUGUGAUGCGAUACUUGGAUACAAUGUUCAACCGAACUGGGUCUAAAUCUCGUCUGCGAAAUGUCAGUUUUGGUGGCGAGGAAGUCAUUAACGGCGAGACUGGUCUGUUUUCUGGAGCUGGCGGUGCCCUUAAAAAUAACACAUCUCGCAAAGGCCGUCCAGCUCCUGCUGUGCAGACAGGCGAUGUCGUGGACCCAAAAGCCUUUGAAGUCAAAGACGGCAAAGAAGCUGCCGAGAAAGCAGAGCCAACUCCCGCACGUCAAGCCACGCCUCCCGCUGAAAAGCCGGUCCAGCGUGGAUUCGACGAUGAUGCUUGGGACGUCAAACGACCAAAGGGAUCGCCUGCACCCGCUGCUGCGCCUGCCGCCGCCCCGGUUCCUACACCUGCUGCUGCACCUGUAGAGCCACCGAAGCCAGCACCUCCAACUGGUGCACUGGCUGAUCUAUCGCUACUUCAAGCGCCAUUGCAACCAACACCAGCACCUCAGCCGACUCCACCUGUAUCAGUUCCUGCUACCGCCGUUCCACCUCCGGCUGUGUCUCUUCCUCCUAUGCAACCUCAACAAACUGCAACUCCAUCAUACCCUCAAACUGCGGCGCCCCAACAGCCCCAAGCGACAGGGGCCAAUCCAGGCUUCUUUCAACAGUUGGGACCUCUACAACCACAACAAACGGCUGUUCCGAAUCAGCCUCAAGGAAUGGGCUUUUCUUUGCAACCCCGACAGCGGCCUGUCCCUCCACAGACUAUGAAUCAGAACUCGCUGCUUCCGCCACCCCCUCAGCGACCCUUGUCCGCACCUCAGGACUUUCAGCAAAGUCCUUUUGCCGCUCCUCCUCUGCAGCCUCAGUUAACUGGAAUUCCUCGCAACGCACCACAGUUGGCACCCACCGGUCAGAGCUUAGCGGAGCUCAACCAGCAACGAUUCCAGUCACAACAAUAUGGUCAACUGCAGCCUCAGUUGACGGCAUUCCCCCAACAACAGCCACAGUUCCAGAAUGGUCUCAUGCCACAGCCGACGGGUUUCCAGCCGCAAUCGCAAUUUGGCUUCCAGCAGCAACAACAGCAAUUCGCGGGCAUGGCGUCGCAGCCAACCGGCUUUGGCGGGUUCUCACCACCACCGCAACAACCCAUGGCAACUGGAAUCAACGGUAUGCUUCCGCCUGCCUUACAGCCUCAACAAACGGCGGUCAAUGGGUUUGGCACAAGCAUCAGCCCUCCCCCUCCACCUAUACCACCUAUCCCUCAGAUGCCAACAGCCGCGCCAUUGCAACCCCAGAAGACCGGACCUGCGCCACCUGUUCGAUUUGGAGUCAAGCAUGACGCCAAGAAACUUACACCACAGCCCACGGGGAUGCGUGCCAACCUCGCACAAGCCACCCCUUCCAACCCGUUUGGUUUCUAA